UCAUAUGUUGUAGACUUGGUAUUGUUAUAUUAAAUAUUAAUUAGUAAUUAAUUAUGAAAUUAGCGCUAAUUUUUUCGUUAAUGAUACUGGAUGCUAAUGCUAUGCCCAAUGGCCAGGCACCUGAGGGCCAAACCUGGGUAGUAUUAUGUUCGGUUGGUAAAGGUUGGGACGAUUACUCUUUUUCGGCCAGUGUGUAUCACACUUACCAAACUAUCAAAAAGCAAGGUGUCCUGGAUAAAAAUAUUAUUGUCAUGCACUACGAUGACCUGGCUGACGACUGGCAUAAUCGGACACCCGGUGUCAUUGUUAAUGAGGUUAACGGCACUGACAUCUAUAAGGGUGUACCCAAGGAUUACGUCGGCGCUGACGUCACGCCACAAAAUUUCUUAGAAGUUAUUAGUGGAGACUCAGCGCUGGAGGCAAAGGGUAAACGUGUGGUCAAGAGUGGACCCAAAGAUAAUAUAUUUGUAUAUUUUGCGGGCGAUGGUCAACCUGGUGUGUUAUCGUUCCCCAAUGACUAUUUAUACGCGGAUGACCUAAACAAUAUGCUUAAUAAAAUGAAUCAAGAGACAAAGUUUGCCAAGCUUGUUUUUUAUUUGGAAGCUAGUUUUUCUGGAUCCAUGUUUGAAACACACUUACCCACUGACAUCAAUGUCUACGCCGUUACAUCAUCAAACAAUGAUGAAUUUAGUAACACAUGCAACGUUGACAUUUAUAGAGGGGUUUAUCUUGGCUGGUUGGUUCACCAAGAACAAGAACCAAGGCUGUUUGACAUGGAGCAUAAUGACCCCCAAGUGGAGAUCCUAGAUAAACAGUACAAUUAUAUUGCUGAGCACAAUAAUUUAACCAUAGAAACUGUAACUGUUUUUCAACACGCGCAACAUUAUGGUGAUUUGAAAAUCGCACAGCAACAUAUUUCAGACUUUUUGGGUGCUAAAAAGGUGCCACCUACCGAUGCCAAUAGCAUGGCUGUGCCCACAAAUGCCGAGUUUGUAAACUUCCGGGACAUUCCCAUAAAAUUGGUCGAAAAGAACAUUCAGUCCACUAAUGAUAUCUAUGAGAAGAAAAUAUAUGUGGAUGAAUUAUCUCGAUUACUGAAGGGUCGCCAAUACGUUGACCAACAUUUGCGCGCAUUUGUGGAUAGCGUGCACCACAUGACCCGUUUGGACACCAAUGCUCUGUUGAAUAGCAAACUCGAGUUAUCCGAAGACAUGACUUGUUAUAAGAAGUUUGUCGACACCUUCCACGAUAAGUGCUUUAAUAUGAACAAGAAUACUUAUGCAUUCAGCAAGAUCCAUAAUUAA